AUGCAGUCUUCGCAAGCUUUGCUGUCCUCGCAUGUUGUGCUUUCCUCUCAAGUAGUGCUGUCCUCUCAAGUUGGGCUGUCCUCUCAAGUUGAGCUGUCCUCUCAAGUUGAGCUGCCCUCUCAAGUUGAGCUGUCCUCUCAAGUUGUGCUGUCCUCUCAGGUUGUGCUGUCCUCUCAAGUUGAGCUGUCCUCUCAAGUUGAGCUGUCCUCUCAAGUUGAGCCGUCCUCUCAAGUUGAGCUGUCCUCUCAAGUUGAGCUGUCCUCUCAAGUUGAGCUGACCUCUCAAGUUCAGCUGUCCUCUCUAGUUGAGCUGUCCUGUCAAGUUGAGCUGUCCUCUCAAGUUGAGCUGUCCUAUCAUGUUGAGCUGUCCUCUCUAGUUGAGCUGUCAUCUCUAGUUGAGCUGUCCUCUCAAGUUGAGCUGUCCUCUCAAGUUGAGCUGUCCUCUCAAGUUGAGUUGUCUUCUCUAGAUGAGCUGUCCUCUCUAGAUGAGCUGUCCUCUCAAGUUCAGUUGUCCUCUCAAGUUCAGCUGUCCUCUCAAGUUGAGCUGUCCUCUCAAGUUGAGCUGUCCUCUCAAGUUGAGCUGUCCUCGCAAGCUGUGCUGUCCUCGCAAGCUGUGCUGUCUUCGCAAGCUGUGCUGUCCUCGCAAGCCGUGCUGUCCUCGCAAGCCGUACUGUCCUCGCAAGCCGUGCUGUCCUCGCAUACCGUGCUGUCCUCGCGAGCCGUGCUGUCCUCGCAAGCCGUGCUGUCCUCGCAAGCCGUGCUGUCCUCGCAAGCCGUGCUGUCCUUGCAAGCCGUGCUGUCCUUGCAUGCCGUUGAGGUGUCCUCUCAGGUUGAGAUUUCCUCUCAAGUUGAGCUGUACACUCAAGUUGAGCUGCCCUCUCAAGUUGAGCUGCCCUCUCAAGUUGAGCUGCCCACUCAAGUUGAGCUGCCCUCUGAAGCUGAGCAGCCCUCUGAAGUUGAGCAGUCCUCUCAAGUUUUGCUGUCCUCUGAAGUUGAGCUGUCCUCUCAAGUUGAGCUGUCCUCUCAAGUUGAGCUGUCCUCUCAAGUUGAGCUGUCCUCGAAAGCCAUGCUGUCCUCAAAAGUUGUGCUGUCAUCGCAAGCUGUGCUGUCCUCGAAAGCUGUGCUGUCCUCCCAAGCUGUGCAUUCCUCGCAAGCUGUGCUCUCCUCGCAAGCUGUGCUGUCCUCGCAAGCCGUGCUCUCCUUGCAAGCUCUGCUGUCCUCGCAAGGUGUGCUGUCCUCACAAGCCGUGCUGUCCUUGCAAGCCGUGCUGUCCUCGGAAGCCGUUGAGAUUUCCUCUCAAGUUGAGCUGUACACUCAAGUUGAGCUGCCCUCUCAAGUUGAGCUGCCCUCUCAAGUUGAGCUGCCCUCUCAAGUUGAGCUGCCCUCUGAAGCUGAGGAGCCCUCUCAAGUUGAGCAGUCCUCUCAAGUUUUGCUGUCCUCUGAAUUUGAGCUGUCCUCUCAAGUUGAGCUGUCCUCUCAAGUUGAGCUGUCCUCUCAAGUUGAGCUGUCCUCGCAAGCUCUGAUGUCCUUGCAAGCUGUGCCAUCCUCGCAAGCUGUGCCGUCCUCGCAAGCUGAGCCAUCCUCGCAAGCUGUGCUGUCCUCGCAAGCUGUCCUGUCCUCGCAAGUUAUGCUGUCCUCGCAAGCUGUGCUGUCCUCGCAAGCUGUGCUGCCCUCGCAAGCCGUGCUGUCCUCGCAAGCUGUGCUGUCCUCGCAACCUGUGCUGUCCACGCAAGCUGUGCUGUCCCCGCAACCUGUGUUGUCCUCGCAAGCUGUGCUGUCCUCGCAAGCUGUGCUGUCCUCGCAAGCUGUGCCGUCUUUGUAA